CCGCUUCACAUACCGCUCGGGCUGGUCCUUCGAGCUUUGCGACAGCGACAUCGGCGAAACCGCUUCCAUCUUUCAACCCAUUUUCUAGGAUUGUCUAGGAUCAGAACUCCAGCCGUAUCUGUUGCGACCAAAGAGACAAUUCCCCUUCGGCCCAACGGAGCUGGUCUCCUGCUGACUCUUAGACCUAGACAGACUUCUUCUUACUUUUAGAUAUCCCCUAAUCAUGUCCACCGAAACAUAUCACCCGGUGGCAUCGGCCCCUCACUCGGCGGCCCCUCACUCGGCCCAUGUCGACGAGCCACUAUUGGAGCACACCGCAUCAGUACCCACUGCCGCCGACGGCUACGAUGGCCAGUACGACGCGGUCUCGGCUUACGCUCACGCUCACAACAUCCCUGAGGACCAGGUCCGCCAGGAUCUUGCUGCCGAUGAUCUGGACGAGAACGACCCAGAGAAUGUCCUUCACCGCACCGCCGACGACAACUACUCGCUCUCUGCGCCAAAAGCGACAUUUGCUGGCAGGGUGGCGAGCUGGUAUAAGCCUGUCUACGACUACAAGACGCCCAACCUUACCGACAAGCAGCGCCGCGCGCCUCGCUACUGCGGUGGUCGUUACCGCAGAUGGCAGUUCAUCGUCAUCCACGUUCUUCUGUUCUGGGCCAUCUUCCUCAUCAUCAUGAUCCCCGUCGGUUACUUUGUUGUCAUCCCCAAAAUGGUACAACACGAGCUCAACAAGCAGAAGCUCAGCGACGUAAAGCUCGAAAGGCUGUCCAUCGGUAGCUACUCCGCCCAACAACUCGGCUUCAGUGUGAAGGCUCAACUGCCUGCACCUCACUGGCUGCCCAUUACCGUCGAAAUCGGAGAGACCGACGUCCAGCUCAACAAGCGAGGCGACGAGAAGACCAAAUUGCUUAACCUUCACAUCCCAGGCCUGAAGGCCACUCUGAACAAGGGUCUCGUCAUUGAUAUGGACGGCAACGUCGGAACUCUGGAUGCCAACAUGGCCGCCACCUCCAAGUUGGUGCAACAGCUUUCGUCGCCUGAAGGCAUUAACAACGUUGAGCUCCAAGCGCGUGGAAAGUUCCCCAUCAAGAUGUUCGGAAUCACCUGGUACAAGGGCUUAGAAUUGUACCUGAACUUGGGCAUGAUCGACCACUUUGACUCCAAGCUCCUCACCAUCCUGAAGGGCGCGCCUACCUUCCUGAAGAACCCCGACGUCAACAAGAAGAUGGCGUUGAGUUUCAAGCAAGAGGACAUGAUCAGCAUCUUGACCGACAUCGGAUUUCCCCAAAUCAACAUCCAGGCGUUGGAUGUUGUCAUGAACGAUGCAGGUAUCACCAUCGCUACCACCAUCUUCAUGGAGAACCCUACCAAGUUGGCUCUCGCCAAGGUCCAGGGCCUCACCUUCGGCUUGGAGCUCGAGGACCAGUUGAUGGCCAAGGCCAAGGUUCACGAACUCGCCCUCGUUCCCAACGAAAUCAACAAGCUUGACCUCGUUGUGGAACUCUCUUUCGAUGACCCGGCUAUUUCCAAAGACAAAGUCAGCAAGACGAUCUCUGCCGUCCUCUGGAAGCUCCUCGCCGUCGGAGACACGGACUCUCUGAAGGUCGCCAUUGCCGGUCCUAUUGGCUUGGGUGCCGCCGAAUGGGUUGGUGGCAUCACCGGUCCCUUGAAGUUGUACCUGCCCAUGAAGGAGAUUCUGGACGGUCUCAAGUUCGGUGAGAUCCGCAAGCUGCUCACGUUGGAAGGUGUCUCGCAAAUCGCUGCGGGUACCAAGAUCAGCGCCAACGUGUUGUCCGACUCCAUCAACGUCCCUGCUACCAUGGCCCUGCCCCGGCUGGUUCCUCUGCCCAAGAAGAUCAACAUCAACUACAACAUCUCCGCUUCGUUGUACGGUGGUGACCAACGCGCGUUGGGUCUCAACCUCUGGCCCUUGUCUAUCGAGACGUCCUCGAAAGACAUGAAGAUCUCCACCACUGUCGUCCUUACGCCCGAGAACUCUCAAGCCGCAGCAGUCGCUUUGGCUGCUGCCAUCAACCCGCUAUUGGCCGCUCAGCCCAAGCCGUCCACGUUGAACUUGAAGGAUCUCGCCUUCUUCGCUGCUCCGGCUGCCGGCCAGGCACCCAAGCCGUUCGGAUGGAGUGACACUCUCUUCAAGGACUCGACUAUCGGCGUUCCUUUACCACCCAUCGUUUGCAUUCCUUGUUUGCUCGACAUGCUGACCAAGAACGGCACGGAGAUCCCCUUCGGAAUUGUAAGCCUCGCCAUCGAGCAGUUGUUGAACGCUCCUGGUUUCUCCGCUAUUGGUGCCGCGAACGUCAACUUCCCCGAUACUCUUCCCCAAAUCACAGCGGAUCUCGGUUACGCAUCCUUGGAUUUGGCGGUCGAGCAGGUCCCGGCCGCGUCCGCUGUCCUUCCCCAAGGUCUGAAGUUCUUCCCUGGCACUGGUCCCGUGCCAUUGAACGCGCAAGCCAUCCUGUCUCGCGACCCCGCCCUCCCUGGCAAGGUGCAGAACUUGGUGAACUCUCUCUUCCACGAGGGUGCCGGGCCUUCAUCGGUCGGUAUCACCAACUUGAUCUUCGGUCCCAGCGCCAACACCUCGUUCGUGACCUUCUCCAAGAUCAAUAUUGAGCUGAACACGACCAGCUUUGCUGGCCUGAUCGACCGUCUGACUGCCACUGCAAAGAGCACUCUGUUGAAGCCUGGUAUGAUUCACGCCACUGCGCUUGACCUUGAGGUUGUCUCCGCCACCGAGGUCAACGUCGGAAUUGGCGCCGACUUUGUCAACCCCGUGAACAUCACCGUCUCCGUCGGAAACAUUGACCUUGACGCUCUGAUCGACGAUGCUCGCUUGUUGAGCCUCGCCCUCCCCCCUCUCAAGCUCGCUCUGGGUCCGGGUGGUCUUAACAUCAAGGCUGGUCUCCAAUUGGCCACCGGCGCUGACGGCAUGGCUCAGAAGAUUGCCACCCUCGUGAACGACGUUGUGUCUGGAGGACAAAUCAGCAACUUGUUUGGCAUCACCAACCUUGUCCUGUCUCCCCCUGGCACUCGUGGUACUGCGAAUCCGGCCAUCAUCGACCAGAUCAAGACUGUCAAGAUCACCAUGCCUCCCAGCGUUAUCAACGAGAUGCUCGCCAACCCUGCGGACUCGCCCCUUGACUUGUCGAACAUCUUGCCAUCUGCCGAUCUCAUUGACAAGCUGGCUAUCGGUCCCCAGGCCGCUACUUUGGAGACUCUUCCUGGAGGCGUCAUUGCAGUCAGCGGUAGUGUUGGCUACAACAACCCUUUGGCGAUCAGCGCCAAGAUCCCGUUCGUUCAGCUUGAGAUCACUCUUGGUGGUCACGAUUUCGUCGUUGCUCAAAUCAGUGACAUCGUGCUCAGCCGCGGGCAAGCUGUUAUGACCUUCAAGGUUGUCCUGAUCUUCAACCAGAACGACCCUGAGUUGCCUGAAAUUGUUGCUCAGUUCGUGAACAACUUCUUGGCUGGCCACAUCGACCCGGCUCCCGGCGUCAAGGGUGUCCUCUUCGGUGGCAGUCCUCAGAGCGUGAACGACCUUCUCAGCGCCGUCGACGUCAACCUGGCGCCCAUCACCGACACCAUCGACACCAACGCUUUGAUCGACAGGGCCAUGAGCAUGCUCCCCUUCAAGUUCCCCAUGCACCCGUCUGAGUUGGUGAACUCGGCUUUGGGCGCUGUCGAGGGCGUCAUCGACAUUCAGACCUUGCCCCAGAAGACAUUGGGCGUCAAGAUGAACGUCGGCUUGAAGCUUCCCUUCGCCCUCACUGUCAACAUCGGAUACUUCGAGGUUGCCCUUGGCAUCAACAGCCACCCGCUCUUGCGUCUCAUUCUGAACAGUGGUGUCCAUAUCACUGGCGGAGGUGUCAGCCAGAUGAACGUCGACGCUUUGAUCCCAUUCGAAGAUGAUGAGGACGCUCAGCGCUCCGUCGGAAACCUUGUGGCCAACUUCUUCCAAGGUUCCUCCCUCGACACCGUGCUCAACAUCGGCAACAUCCGUAUAGGUGCCAGCGCCAAUGACAUCAUCAACGCCUUCACCAAGGUCCAGUUGAACCUCAACUCCGACGCUUUGAUCGCUUUGGAUGGUCCUUCCGACAUCUUCUCGCUCAUGGGCAACAUGCACCCCGACAUUGGCGGCUUGACCAUCGAGACUCGUCCCGGAAACAACUUGGGUCUCAUUGUCGCCAUGGGCAUCAACUUGCCGUUGAGGAUCACUGCUCACGUUGGGUACCUCGGCGCCCACUUGUCCUUGAACUCCUUCCCCAUGUUGGACUUCCUCCUUCCCCAAGGCAUCGAGAUCCAGGCUCCUAACGGCGUCACGCAGUUGAACCUCAACACUCAGCUUCAAUUCGUUGAUACCGAGCAAACCCAAAUCGCUGUCAACGAGCUCCUUAACAGGCUCGUCCGCGGUCAGCACCUUGCCACUGUUCUCGGCAUUGGUCGCUUGGCUAUCGGUGCCAACGCUGGAGAUUUGAUCACUGCCCUCAGCAAGGUGGAGCUCCCCGCUGACCUCGAGCGCGGCAUGGCUGUCAUGGGCAUGCCCGUUCCUUUCAGCAUCGGAGGAACCAUCAGGGGUCUUGACACCAACAUCAAGAGCGUCAAAAUGUACACUGCCGCUGGCCACUCUCUCCUGGUGAACGCUGCUGCGGACUUCAAACUUCCUCUGCCCGUCAGCUUGAGGCUCGGAUACGCCGCAUUGAGCGCCAACGUCGACAACAACCCUCUCGCCGAUGCCACUGUUGGUGGAGGCAUCAGCAUUACUCGUGACGCUGCUGGUCGUGGUAACCUCGUCGUCCCUCAAGACAUCAACUUGCUCUUUACCGAUAACCGUGCCACCCAGGAGGCUAUCCGUGACUUGGUGGAUGCCGUCCUCUUCACUGGAGACGUUAAAAGCUCCGCUGGCGUCAAGAACGUCCAUCUCGGUAACUCUGCCGCUGAGGGUGACCGUUUGACCAUCGUUAACAAGAUCGACGUCACUCUCGCCGUGCGUGAGGUGCUUGAGGCCGCCGGUAUGCACAUUCCCCUCAGCCUGCCCCAGCUCGGAGGCAUGAUGAGCAACAUGGGUACCAUUACCGCUCGCACCAUGCCUGCUAAGACCCUCGCCAUAGAGGCUGGUGCCGACCUCAGCUUCUUCGGUCUUCCUUUGGAUGUCAACAUCGGUCACGUUGCGGCCAAGGCCAAUCUUGACGGUCAAGUCAACACUGCUCGCCCAGUGUGCGAUGUUCAAGUCCCGAGCCGUAUCAUUGUCAACGCUGGAAACAAGCUCGUCGAUGUCAAAGCCAACAUCAUCUUCACGGACAACGAAAACACUCAAGAAGAGGUCAACAAGCUUGUCCAACAGGCUUUGGGCUCGGACCACUUGGACGCCAUCAUCGGUGCCAACGGUCUGGAACUUGGUGAAAGUGCGACGGACUUGAUCACCGCUUUCAGCCUCGUCAACAUCCGCCUGGCCGCCCAAAAGUUGGUUACCGACAUGGGUGUCCAUCUCCCCAUUGAGUUCACGCAGGUUGCCGGCAACAUGGACCUCGCUGUCAAAAGUGCGGGCAUCAGGACAGACGUCGGUCAAGUCCUUCACGCGAAUGCCACAGCCGAGUUCAACCUCGCCUUGCCCAUCAGCAUCGUUUUCCAAACUGGAUACUUCCACGCCGCCGCCCUCCUCCAAGACCAGCAACUUACAGAGAUCAACCUUCCGCAGGGUAUCGCUCUCAGCACCAUUGGCGAGAAGCGCAAAUCCCUCAGCUUGGCUCUCGACAUGAAAUUGACGGAGGACCCCGCCAUGCAGGACAUUGUUGCCACUUUGGUUGACAACGUCUUGAACUCUCCACAUUUCGGCAUGAACGUUGGAGCCGGAAACAUCCUUUUCGGUUCCGACGCCUCUGAAGCGAACGUCAUCACCAUCUUGCGCCGCGUCCACGCGUCUCUCAGUAUGGACGCUCUUCUGGGUGGCAUGAUCCAUUUGCCUCUCGACUUGGGCACAGCCGUUCCCGCUGCUCUUGGCGGUGGUAUCAUUACGGUGGCCACCUUGCCCGGGAAACGCAUACUUGCUACCGCCAAUGUCGGUAUCCAGACCCCGUUCCCUCUCAGCAUCGACGUUGGUUUCUUCGGAGCUGAAGUGGACGUCAGCGCCAGCAAGACCGGUGAUCUGAACCCCUUGAUGAGCGUUGUUGUCCCGGCAGCCAUUCACCUCAGUCUCCCCGGCACUGCACGUCUUGGGGUGAUGCUUGGAUUUAUCGACACCGAAGCCACCCAGAACGCCAUCGCUGCUCUUGUUCAGAGGGCUUUCACGGCAAACUCCCUGGACGGCCGGAUCGCAUUGAACCACAUUGCGUUCGGUCCAAGCCCAACUGAUGUGUACAAGGUCCUUCAGAAGAUCAACGCUAAGCUGAGCCUUGACGACGUCAUGAGGAUGGCUGGUCUCAAGGUUCCCCUUCAGAUGUCCGAUGUUGCCGGCAUGCUCAAGCUUUCUCAGUUCGGUGGAGAUCUCAAGACUCUGCCCGGGGGUGCAUUGGAUCUAUCUGCGACCGCCAAGGCAGUCAUGCCCUUCCAAGUCGCCGCUACCGUCGGUUACUUCGGCACGUCCGUGGACCUCGAUACGGUUCGUUUCCUGGACACUCAUCUUGGUUUGGCGAUCUUGCCUGGCGCGGGUGAUGCUUCUGCCGGUUUCGGAAACACGGCCGCCGUCAACAACUGCACAAUUCAGUUCAACCAGAUUCAGGACAUCGGCACAUUGAAGAGCAAUGUUAACAGCCUCGUUAACUGGGUUCUAAGCGGCACCGGCGACAAGCCAAAAUUACACGUCCGCAACGUUCAGGUCGGUUAUUCUCCUUCCGACCUGAUCACCGCCUUCGACAAAAUCGACCUCGCCUUGGAUCUUGGCAUCUUCUUGCCUGGCAUGGGUAUUACCGUCCCGAUCGAUCUCACCAAGAUGGAUCUCCUCAACGGAAUCACCCUCGCCGGAAACAUGGGUGUCGAACUGCUCCCUGGCAAACUCAUUGCUGUGAACGGAACUGCUGGUGUCAAGUUGCCUAGCGGUCUCCAGAACAUUCGCCUGCAGGCCGGCUGGGUUGGAGCCGACGCUGGUGUUGACGAGGCCCCGCUUGCGCAAGUUGGCAUGCCUCUUCUCAUCGCCCCAUCGGCGGAUGGCGCCAUCAGCUUGAACUUGAACACCAACGUUAAGAUCAAUGAGGAUGUUGCCACGACGCCCGCAGCCGUUGGCAAGGUUGUCUCAAACUACUUCAACAUGCAGAAACAAGUUUCCAGUGCUCGCUUGUCUCAGAUCCGUUUCGGUGCCAGUCAGACCGAUGUGAUCGAAGCUUUCACCGGCAUCGUUGCCCAUUUACCUCUUGCGGCCGUUAUCGACAGCACCAAACCGCCAAUUGAUUUGGGACUGCUUCUAGCUAGUGCUCUGAAGGGUGCCGAUGUGUCUUCAUUGAAGAUUCUCAAGGUCAUUCUCGAGUUGCUUCCCGCUGACACUAUUCACACCGCGAUCGGCGCCGCCAUCCCUGGCCUUCACCUCCCCAUUGCGCUGUCCGCCAAGCUGCCCUAUGUCUCUGCUAGCGCUAUCGCCAUGGACAAGGUGCCUGUAGCUUCUGCCGAGAUGAACAACGUCAACCUCGCGAACCCGUUCGGCAUCGACUUUGAUGCCCUCAUUCAGAUCAAGGAUUCUGACAGCUUGAAGAAGAUGUUGGCGGAAUACAUGUACACGUACUUGAAGGAGAAGAAGUUCCCUGGUACUCUCGAGCUUGGCGGUCUGGCCGCUGGUGCUUCGAAAGGCCCCGCGGAUCUCAUCAUGGCUUUAAGUCAGUCCGUGUUCCCUAUCAGAAUGGACCCUCUUGUACAGGCUCUCACUGGUCUGAUGAACGGCGGAGGCGGUCCAACCGGAAUCACCGUUACGACCACGCCGACUGGUGGAGUUGCGGUUCAAAUCGAUAAUGCCCUGAUCGGAAAAGCCGUGCUCACCUUGAACAACGCUGCCAUUACAUUCCAGCCUCAUCAGACCAUCGACAUGCACCUGUCCACGGGUCUCGAGCUCGCCUUCCCGUUAACCCUGAACGUUCCCUACUUCGGCGCCAGUGUCCUUGUUGACAACAAGCUUCCCGUGGCUGACAUGGUUGUGAAGGGCUUGAAGACGACUGGUAGCACCAACGGAACCAACGUCAACCUUGACCUCGACGUCUCCGUCAAUGUGCACGACAGUCCUCAGUUGGCUGGAGCCAUUGCGGCGUUGUUCGAUGCCAUCAUCAACCACCACACCAUCCCCGGAGCGAUCACCGUCUCGAACGUCCUCAUGGGAGUUUCCGCCGAUGACCGCAUCGAAGCUCUGUCAGCUCUUGUCUUCAGCUUCCCCUUCAACGGUCUCCUGGGCACCAUCGGAGGCAUCACCGGAUCCCUCAACCUUGACCUUGUUGCCAUCGUUAAAGGUCUCGGCCUCACGGUUAGUAAGCUCCUCGUUAGGACCGAUCCUGGCCGCGCCGUCCACGUUGGUCUCGCCGUUGCGUUCAAGAGCAACCUGCCCAUUACCAUCACCGGCCUCAACUACGUCAGCCUCUCUAUCGCAAUUGACAAGACGGACCUCAUCACUUCCACCCUGUCGGGCUUGAACAUCGCCCCGGGUAGCAACAACCUUGCUAUUGAGAUGGACAAUGUCUUCCCUACCGGAGCCAAGGAUGUCGUUGCCAAGUUCUUCAAGGAUCUCAAGGAGAACCCAACGGGCAUGACCCAAAUCGUCGGUGCCAGCAAGAUCACCUUCGGUUUGAGCAAGGACGAUGCCAUUAAGAUGUUCAGCAUGGCUCAGAUCGGUAUCGCCGCGAAGGAUAUCUUCGGCAAGGUUUCUGGCGACAGUACCUUGAUUCCUGCCAUCUUCAUGAUGUUCGGCAUCGAUCUUGACAAGUUGACUCCGGAGGUUCUCCAGAAGAUGAUCUCCCUGCGCCGUGCUAUCGUCGAUUUGGGCACAGCGAGCAAGAUCACUGUUGACGCCGCUGUUGGAGUUGUCGGUCUGCCAACCAUCUUCGACAUCGACAUUGGCUACUUGAACGGUGAAAUGAGCUUGGACUCGGAAUUGUUGGCUAAGUGGAACUUGGUCAAUGGAAUCAAGGUUACCACGGAGGGUGGCAUGAUCACCGCAGGAGUCAACCUUUCUGUUGAUGUGAAUGACAGCGACAAGAUUGCAGACAUUAUUGCAGCCAUCGUCAACGAUUACAUCGCCGGCAAGGCUGCUGCGGAGCACUCCGUUGCAAUGGCCAACAUUGUGUUCGGUGAAUCCGCCACGGAUAACAUCGACACCCUACAAGCUGCUACUAUCUCCGUGUCGAUCACAACCAUCUUGAACGGCCUCCCUAAGUUCAGCUCAUUGACCUCAUUGUCCUUGCCCGAAGGAUUCGGUCUUGACGCUGUUGAUGUCGAUGUGGCCACCACCUCCGCGCUUGCUAUCAGCGUCAACGGUCACGCGCCCAACAACGGACAAUUCGGCCUCAACUUGCCUUACGGUACACUCAGCGUCAUGUUGCAAAACCAAGAGUUCAUGGUUGGAAGUCUGGAGAACUUCGCUCUUCGCGAUGGCCACCUUGGUGGCGCCCUUGGAGCUGAAUUCCGCAAGAACGCGUACCUGAUUGCCGGCCUCGGAAUGUUGACCGGUGAUCUGUUGUUCCACAGGGACGUUCACUUCCCUCUCACCAGUGCCGGUGCCAAGGACAUCCUCUUCGGUAGCAAAGAGAAGCCUUUCCGUCUGUUGUCCAAGAUCAAUUUGGAGGUUCCUCAAGCCACGAUCGCCAGCACGAUCGCAGACAUCAAGACCUUUAUGGAUGCCCACCCUAUCGUCCUGGACGACAUCCGCGCCUUCCUCAACGCGCGCGGUAUCGGAGCAAACGUAAAGAUCCCCGCCAUGGAAGCCUUGAAGUCGCUGCCUGUCAACCUGAAGUUCCAGGAGCUGGUCGCCCAAGUUCAAUACAAGCCCGGAGGUACCGGCAGGAACUACCACGCCACCGACGUCGUCAUCCAACCUCCCAAGAUCGGAUACCCAGAAAUCGUCAUCGACUUGGAGAUUGUUCCAGACUUGGACGAGGCGAACGGCAUCAUCGAGCCUUUGUACGAAGCCCUCACGUACAUGUUCACAUGGAACUCCUUCAGUCAGCACGCUAUGCUCGGAUGGUUGCUUAUCAAGGGUAGCAACGGUGUUGUCUUUGACAUCUUUGACAAGCUCGGAUUCUACGCCGGAAACCUCUACUUCUGGGAACCUCUCGACAUCAACAUCCCAGUCCUCGUCUCCCCCAUCCAGCACCUCGGCCUCGCCCCCUUACCCUUCGGCGCCGAGCUCUCGUUCCCCAACCCCUACGGUUUCGGUCUUCUCAUUGGUGAGGUCGACAUUCGCCUGCACAGUGGCGACACGGAUCUUCUCCGUAUUGCUACCAACGGCAACUGUGAGAUCCUCAACGUCCACCAAGGAGGUACGCAGAAGGGUACAAGGAACUUUAUUCUAUCCAUCUUGUUCCCUAUGGACUGGAAGGACAUCUUGAAGAACAUCUUCAACCCUAUCGGCGCUAUCAAGGAGUUCUUCGACCAUCUGAGGGCUCUCUUUGACUUCAAGAACUACCGUAUCGGCCUCAACAUCAACGACCCCAACACCAAGCAAGACCUCGCUUGGUUUGCUACCGCCACUGGAGUCCUGUUCACAAAGCGUUUCGCUGAGAACUCCCUCGGCCCCAUCUUGGGAGCCGUUCUGACCAAGGUUGUCAUCCACGCCUUCGGAGCGCUCAUCAAGCUUCCUUUCAUCAACAUCGAGAAGCUUCCCUUCGUCGGUCCUUUGGUGCAACAAGCCAAUGCCAUCCUAUCCCAAGCUCCCAGCAGGCUCAAAUUCUCUGGUGCCCUUGGUGAGCGUGUUGGUGCCGGUUACGAGUCCGCAGCUCCCUUGGCUCCUGGUCUCUUGGGUCUCCCAGAUCUCGAUCUCCCCCCCAACUUCGCCGCUAUCUUCUACGGUAACGGCACCCUCCCCAUUACCUCCAGCGCGACCGCUUCCGCUACGUCCACUGCGGUCGCGGCCACGAGCGCCCCACCUCCGGCGACCGCCACUCCCCCACCCACCCCGGCACCCACCCCGGCGCCGACCCACGCCCCGGCUCCUUCUCCCGCCGCCCCCACUCCCAAGCCUGAGCCCACGAAGGCCCCAGUUCCGGCCCCAUCGCCUAGCGCUCCUGCUCCCAAGGCAGCGACGACUCCCGCGGCCGCUGCCCCUAGGGUCAGACGGUGGGUCAAGGCGCGGAGCCCCAAGGCGUAGUGUAAUACUGGCGUAAUGUCGAGGGCGUGCACAUAGUAUAGUUUAUCUUAGCUUCGAUUCUCUUCACUCUGCUUCAUAUCUUUUAACUCCAAGUCGGCAGUAACACACUAUGUCUCAACACUUAGAUCUAGAUCUCAGUUUUGUUUUAACACUAGAUUCAGAACAUCUGUGUUUCACAUAGUUAUCUUUGUAGUUCUGCCUCAUAUAUUUUCGACCUUGUUCAACCUAAUGAGAUGAAGUAAUUUGCUAUCGCAAAAACGCCGUUUCCCU